UAGGGACAGCCUUCCUAUAUUCCCAUCCUUUCUGCAGAGCUAUGCAUUGUCAGGCUCAGAUAAUGAUGUUUAUGGCUCAUCUUCUCUAGGCGGGAUCCUAACCGUUGCCGACGACCUACUGAAGAACGACGGCAAGAAAUUCAUCGAAAUGAUGGAGCAACUAGCCGAGCGACGUAUGGCACGUGAAGAGGACGCUAAGGAGCAAUACGCACAGAGUCGGAACUAUGGCCAUGUCAAUGGCGCUGGCUACGGGCAUAACCAUCCCCCAGCCGAGGAGGAAGAGUAUGAUGAGGACGAGGAAGAUUACGAGGAGGAAGACGAGGAGGAGUACGACAGUCAGGACGAAGAGGUACCACGUUUCCCACCAGCGAGUCCAACACCCAAGCAUAUGACUGGCUAACAUCGGGUGCUGCAGGACACAAUGACUGAGGAGCAGCGGAUGGAGGAGGGCCGGAGAAUGUUCCAAAUCUUUGCCGCUCGCAUGUUCGAGCAGAGAGUUCUGACUGCGUAUCGGGAGAAAGUAGCAAAAGAACGGCAGCAGAGGCUCCUCGAGGAACUCGAGGAGGAGAGCAGGCAAGAUUCCGAGCGAAAAGCAAAGAAGGCCAAGGAGGCGCAGAAACGCAAGGACAAGGCCGCAAAGAAAAAGGAGGCCCUUGCCGAAGAGAAAGCGCGGAAGGAGGCGGAGAAAGCCGCCGAGUUGGAAGCGCGCCUCGCGGAAGAAGCGCGGAGGGCCGAAGAGCAGCGCGUGAGAGCGGAGGAGAAACGAAAGAAGAAAGAAGCGCAGAAGAAAGCCGAGGAGGAAGAACGCCUACGAAAGGAGGCAGAACGCCAACGCCGAAUUCACGAGCAGAAAGAGAAGCAAGCCGAGCAGGAGCGCAAAGCCCGGGAAGCCAAGGACCGGGAGAAGAAGGCCCGGGAAGAGGUCCGGCAGCAGCAGGACAGAGAGGCCAGGGAAAGAAAGGAGCGCGACGCCCAAGAGCGGAAAGAUCAAGAGCGCAAGGAGCGCGAGGUCCUAGAGCGGAAACAGCAGCAGCUAGAACAAGGCAAGAGGGACAGGGACAGGGACACAAGAACAAAGUCGGAACGGGAACCGCCGAAGGAGAAGCGGAGGCCGGAGGAUCGGCCAGCCCACAAAGCCGGCAGCACCACAGUCAAGUCCACCCCCAUCCCUAUCACCCUUCCCAAACGGCCUGCGCAACAUGCUGUACCCGCCGCGGUCCCGGCAUUGCCGCAGCAACCUCCCAUAUCCUUUGCCUCGCCCAAGAUAGCCGUUGCAACGCCAGCUCUCCCCAAAGCCCCUACCCCCAUACGGCCGCGGCAAGCGUCCCAGCAGGAAGCCAGUACCUCGAACCCGUCACAAGCAACCUCGCAAGCUGGGUCUGCGCCAAGCCAGAACCCGUCACCUCACACGAUGACGCCAGUACAAGCCAGUCCAGGUCCUAUCGGUUCGAUGAGCAAGGCGUCAAGUUUCAGCGGCCAGGGCAGCAGCCAGCAGCCAUCGCAAGCAACAUCACCUCCCAGCAUGGCGGCAGCCAAGCCUUUAGCGAUUCCGCCUGGCCCGUUCAACCCGCCACCGAUGGGCAUGCCGUUCCCACCUCCCGGUAUCCCCUUGUCUGGAAGCCGUAUGCAUCACGAUGCGCCGUUCCAUCCUUACAACGCCGCAUUUAGAGGCCCGGGCAACAUGGCGAUACCACCUGGGAUCAACGGUCUAGCUGGUGGCAGGGGUUACCCGAUGUCGCAUCCUCACCCUCCGCCCGGAUUCGGUCAGCCGAUGGACGCCCCUUUCGGGGGUGUCGGCCAAGGUUUCAUCCCAGGGCAGCCGAAGGACAGGAGGUCAUCACACUCGCGCCACCCGUCGGGGGGGCACGAGCUUGGCACAUCCGCACCAUCGUCUCACCCCAUUGGCAGACCAGCCCCGAUCGGGAGACCGGCCAGUAUCGUACAUGGCCAACGUCGGGCAUCGGGUUCUCCGGCCACCGGGAGAGCGCAUCUCGAUGUUGAGGACCACCACCUUGGCAGCAGUGCGCUCCUAGACGACUCGGACGUUGCAGUGCAGGACCUGAACACCCCCUUACGGCCCAGCAACGCGGCCCCCGGACCACGACUAGGAUUCCCGGCAGUCCCCUUCGGGAUGGAUCCCAUGUUUCCUUCAGGCCACAAUCCCUGGGCACCAGCGCCCGCGGGACAACCGGCUCUGUUCAGUCCACCCCCACCGCCCGGGUUUGGCCCCAGCCCUGUACCAGUCGCGUGGGGAUCACCAGCACCACCGAACUCGGCCUUUGGUUCCCAGGGCGGGCUCAGCCGGCCGAAUCAGCCCCGGGCCGUAGCGAUCCGCCAGAUGCUAUGCCGGGCGUGCAAGGCACUGGCUGACGCUGAAGCCAAGUCGCCCGAUGCCAACAAGUCCGAGCAGAGCAGAGACGGGUUCAUCCGCCUAGAGUCGAUCAAGGGCCAGGUCGACAUGCAGAACCCCGGCGAGCCCAUCACCGAGCUCGAACUGAUCAACAUGUGCGACACCGAGGGCAACAACUCGAACGGGGGAGGCAGUUUCGAUGUCCAUCGCGAUCAGGCAGGCAAGGUGUCCAUCCGCUGGGUUUCCGGGGGCGGCGACACCCACGGGCAGUCGCUGUUGCAGCGCCCCGUCGGCGCCGGCCCGGGAGAGGUUCGCAGCCCCAAAGUCGGAGCAAGCCCCUUCCGAGGGACUAGCCGCUAGGUCCGGUAUCUACAGGAAAGGGCAGGCUCGGCUGGCCCUGGUGGAUUCUCUGCGGCGAAGGACAAGGACAGAACCCGUGAUUUAAGUGUUGGUGGCUCUAGAGCCCAAUCAUGAAACUACCCAAGCGUGUGUGGCCUGGGAUUUGAUCUGGCAGUUUGCGUUCGUUCUUGCAAAUCUGUGCCCAUCAUCUAGUUCGCUGGGCAUUGACGACCGGGGUCAUUCCUACUGCUGGAUGGGGGCGUGUGCGCGUGCGCGUGCGAGUUGCGAUGUAUUGUAGUUUACCCGACUACCUAGUACCAAUGGAAAGAGGCGAGGCAGCGCGUUAAGCUCCCUUGAUCGUAUCAAUAAAUUAUUGAUUGCAGA